UAGAGCCUCGUCUUGGUCUCAUAAACGCAGUUUUACGUUUAGCUGUCGGCUGCUCUCGGUUCCUUCUCGUGCCUCAUCGGUAUUCCUGGGCAAUCCUCGGCGCGGCGCGCGCCCCCAGUCCAGCAGCAGCAGCAGCAGCAGCAGCGGCGGCGGCACGCGCAUCUCAGGACAGAGGAUAGGGCAUCUGCAGAGCUCGAGACGCUUCUGAGCGGACCUGGAAUGACGCCAUGAGCUCGCACCGUGUGUGAUGGAGGUAAUGUUUUGGUAGGAACCGCUACCGUAGGCUGAUGUGGCGUCGCGUGAGGAGCCUGAACACGACCAUGAAGCUGCUGUUUGUGGUGACAUUCUUAUGGCGCGAGGCGUUGUGCGGAUCUCCGAGCGUCCAGAUCGGUGGUUUAUUCCCCAGGGGUGCAGAUCAGGAGUACAGUGCAUUCAGAGUUGGCAUGGUUCAGUUUGGGAUGGCAGAUUUCAGACUGACUCCACACAUAGAUAAUCUGGAGGUGGCCAACAGCUUCGCUGUCACCAACUGCUUUUGUUCCCAGUUCUCCCGGGGUGUCUACGCCAUUUUUGGCUUCUAUGACAAGAAGUCGGUAAACACCAUUACAUCCUUCUGUGAGACGCUACAUGUCUCCUUCAUCACACCAUCGUUCCCAGCAGAAGGAAUGAAUCAGUUUGUUCUCCAGAUGAGGCCGGACAUCAAGGGGCCGCUAGUCUCGUUAGUGGAGUACUACAAAUGGGAAAAGUUUGCCUAUCUAUACGACAGUGAUAGAGGUCUUUCUACUCUUCAGGUAAUACUGGACACUGCAGCAGAGAAAAAAUGGGUCGUCACAGCGAUAAAUGUAGGAAACCUCAAAGACGAGAGGAAAGAUGAAGCUUACCGCUCCCUGUUUCAGGACCUGGAGAUCCGUAAAGAGCGCCGCAUAAUCCUGGACUGUGAGCAAGACAAAGUCAAAGACAUCAUGGAGCAGGUGAUCACUAUAGGCAGACAUGUGAAGGGAUACCACUAUAUCAUCGCUAAUUUGGGUUUUGUAGAUGGUGACCUCUCUAAAAUCCAGUAUGGAGGUGCCAAUGUGUCUGGGUUUCAGAUAGUAGAUUUUGAUGAUCCUGGGGUGGCAAAGUUUGACCAACGAUGGGAGGCCCUGGAAGAGAAGGAGUAUCCUGGAGCUGAUACACGGAUCAGAUAUACCUCUGCCCUCACAUAUGAUGCUGUCCACGUGAUGACUGAGGCAUUCCGCUUCCUUCACAAGCAGAGAAUAGACAUGAGUCGUCGUGGCAACAGCGGGGACUGUCUGGCCAAUCCAGCAGUUCCCUGGGCGCAGGGGGUGGAGAUUGAACGUGCCCUCAAACAGGUGCGUGUAGAUGGUUUAACAGGAAACAUUCAGUUUGACCAGUAUGGGAAGAGAAUCAACUACUCUGUGACAAUCAUGGAGCUGAAGAACAAUGGACCUGUUAAGAUUGGCUAUUGGAAUGAGGUGGAUAAAAUGGUGGUGACAAAGUCAGACCUUUACCCCAAUGACACCAUGGGAAUGGAAAAUAAGACCGUCAUCGUCACAACUAUACUGGAAGCCCCCUACGUGAUGCUGAAGAAGAAUGCUGAGCUGUUUCAAGACAAUGACCGUUAUGAAGGUUACUGCGUUGACCUGGCAGCAGAAAUUGCAAAGCAUUGUGGUAUACGCUACCAGCUAAGAAUUGUGGGAGAUGGCAAAUAUGGUGCAAGAGAUGCAGAAACCAAGAUCUGGAAUGGUAUGGUUGGAGAGCUGGUAUAUGGGAAAGCAGACAUAGCAGUUGCUCCACUGACGAUCACUCUUGUUCGUGAAGAGGUGAUAGAUUUCUCCAAACCCUUCAUGUCUUUGGGAAUCUCCAUCAUGAUCAAAAAGCCACAGAAAUCCAAACCAGGAGUCUUCUCCUUUCUGGACCCACUGGCCUAUGAAAUCUGGAUGUGCAUUGUCUUUGCCUAUAUAGGAGUUAGUGUUGUACUCUUUCUGGUGUCCAGAUUCAGUCCCUAUGAGUGGACACUGGAGGAGCCAGAGGACGGAGCGUUGCCACUGACAACUGAAUCUACCAAUGAGUUUGGGAUCUUUAACUCCCUUUGGUUCUCUUUGGGUGCUUUCAUGCGGCAGGGUUGUGACAUCUCACCAAGGUCUCUGUCAGGUCGUAUAGUAGGGGGGGUGUGGUGGUUUUUCACUCUGAUCAUCAUCUCAUCAUACACUGCCAACCUGGCUGCCUUCCUAACGGUGGAGAGGAUGGUUUCUCCCAUCGAGAGUGCUGAGGACCUGGCGAAACAGACAGAGAUAGCAUAUGGAACCCUGGACUCUGGAUCCACCAAGGAGUUCUUCAGGCGCUCUAAAAUUGCCUUGUUUGACAAGAUGUGGCAGUACAUGAAAUCAGCAGAGCCUUCCGUCUUCGUCAAGAAAACGUCAGAGGGUGUCCUGCGUGUCAGGAAGUCCAAAGGGAAGUACGCCUACCUGCUGGAGUCCACCAUGAAUGAGUACAUCGAGCAGAGGAAACCCUGCGACACUAUGAAAGUGGGAGGAAACCUGGACUCCAAAGGCUACGGCAUUGCCACGCCUAAAGGAUCCCCAUUAAGAGUGCCAGUAAACCUUGCCGUAUUGAAACUGAAUGAGCAAGGGACCCUAGACAAGAUGAAAAACAAGUGGUGGUACGAUAAAGGAGAGUGUGGCUUCAAGGACUCCACCAAUAAGGAAAAGACCAGCGCUCUGUCUCUCAGUAACGUAGCAGGAGUCUUCUACAUCCUGGUUGGAGGUCUGGGUCUGGCCAUGAUGGUAGCGCUGGUAGAGUUCUGCUACAAGAGCCGUGCUGAGGCCAAAAAAAUGAAGAUGAAAUUCACAGAUGCAAUGCGCUCCAAAGCUCGUCUAUCCAUCACAGGAUCGACCAGUGAGAAUGGUCGUGUCCCAGUGGCUUACCUCCGUCCAGGAUUACCCAUGAGCCUCAGCAUGACUGAUCUCUCCUGACCACACCCGAGCCAGUGCCUUACAGCCAAUCGACACACAUCCACCCUACCCCUCUGAAAGUGAGUGGAAAUGCUUGUCAUCUCCUUCGGUGACCAAUUACCACUCACCGUGGGUGAUCUGCCCCGAUUUUCAAUCCGGAGUUUUAGCCAAUCAUAUCACUUUGAGGACUCCUGAUCUCGCUCUUUAACAUCUAGCCUAGAAAGACUGGACAGAUGUUGUCCUCCCACCACUUGGCUGUCAGGCUUUAGCAAAGACCUGCCCACCUACGAAGUGAAUAACUUGACCAUCAGCGAGAAAGAUGGCUGGUCAUUUACAAAUUCAUGAAAAACAAUCAAGCACAGUGGACAUUUUUUUAAACAAACUCACAUUGUUGUUUCAUAGAUUUUUGCCAUGGAGGCUCUAGAAAAUAAGGACAACAGUGAUGCUGACGUUGACGCAAUAACAACAUGAAUCAGGGAUGUGAUCAGGAAUUGUGGGUAUAAUAGCAGAAUCAUGCUUUAAAUGAGUUCAAGUGCUAUGAAGAAAAACUGACAUCCUGAAAAAUCACAUCCAUGGAAUAAUAGUAAUUGUGAUAGCAGAUAAUGAUAAUGAUGUUAUUGUUCUUAAUUGUUUUCCUUAUUUCUGCCUGAAAAUCCCUGAUUAGUAGAGACUUUAACCAGACCCAAGAGAUGCAUGGACUGACACACACACACCCAUACAAACACACACAUACACAAAACCAAUGGUAUGAAAACAUACACUAUACACAGGGAUGGGCAAAAAAUUAGUCAAAAUCAUACAAAAUAAUCACAAUUUAUUUUAAAGGCUCUUUGUGUAGGAUAUGAUCAUCUGUGACUUGAUCUGUGAAGUCUAGAAGUAGCAUCAACAAACACCAAACAAAUGCAACUCGGCGACUCUGAGAAUAUCUAAGUUGAAAGCAACACAAACACUGAGAGCUGCCCUUUGAAAGUCAGAGAUUCAAAUUGUCAGUUUGAGACUUCUCAGUUGACUGAGAUUGUUUCAAGUUAAGUUGUUUUUUUUUUGUUUUGUUUUUUGCUAGUCUGUGUGCUGUGCAGUGUACUUCUGGGGAUGUGUUGCAGGCACGAUGCAGGUGCACAGAGGAGAAACUUUCCAGCAAAAGGCUCCAAAAUAACAUUAUUUUCUCUCUUCUGCUUGGGAGCUCACAGAUACUUGAUACGACACAGUUUUUGUUUUUAGUUUUUGUUUGAUAUCUAGUGCCGGCCAAAAAUGAUGUUGCACAUUUCCAAUCCAUCGUUAGCAGUGUUAGCUUGUUUACUUUAUUACUUGAAUGCCGCUGUCACACCUAACAUCCCGCUGAGCCCCUUUAAAACUUGAAAACAAACAGUCGUAUGAAACAGGAAAAUCUGAUUCGACUGACAUAAUUCUGAGUCAGGUACAGCACUAUUGUUGACUGCACCAGUAAAGGGGAUUUACUAAUGUUUCUACAAAAAAAAAUGCAAACCAUCACAAUAGUUUGAAAGACUUAAAUCCUACACCUUGGGGCUUUUUAUUAUACAUCACUUAUAGAUGGAUUAAAUGUUCAAACAAAAGGCAAAAAAGAUAAAUGUUACAAGUAUUCAGACACAAAUAUACUCCUCCAUUUAAUAAGCUAGCCCUUAGCUGUCAUUGUAACUACUAUGCUUACGAGUUAUACAGUAUCCUGUUAAUACAUUUUGUAGUGUCUUACCUUAACUUUAGCUGUAAAUGACUUUUACUCACUAGCUUAUAUGUUGCUCUGGUUUACACUUAGCAAAAUUAUUGUUUUGGCUGUAUGAAGCACACAACUCUCAUACCAUAUGAUAGUCAGGUAUCAUAUGGCAAAAGGGUAUUAUAAGAUCAUUUGAAGUUAGUUAAACAGCUUCUUUAUAUCCGUUGUUUCAUAAGAUAUUACCUAGAGUCGAGUCAGCCACAAAUGAAAAUCACUGGACCUGAAAUGAGUCCUUAUCCGUAAACAUGAGGUUGUGUUUGUGGGUGAGAAACCAAGUAGAGAAAGAUAAGAUUGUUGUGGUGUCUAAGCACUCAUUUUGUUCAAUGUUAGAUACAGAGACGGAGACUCUGUAUCUAACUUUUGCAUGUUCUCUGAAAGCUUAUGGAUACGGACACAACAGUGCAGUACCACAGGAGAUCAUGGAGGCAAUGUAACGUAGUUCAAGCGAGAUAUGACCAUAGGAGAUGAUGAAGAAACUUCAAUCAUGGCAGAACGGAAUGAAUCUGUUACAUAUAAUAAUAUAUAGAAAUAUAUAGUGAAAAUAGCGACAAGAGUUCACCGUCCGCAUGUUAGGAUGUAUAUAAUGGCUGCAGGCCACCACCGUCUAUAGCGCUACCUCCAUUGAGAGGUAAUAUAUUAUGACCUCCUUCACCGUCACCUCGUUUGUUGUUGUGUGAAACUUCUGACUCCGCCCUCUAGUGAAAUCUGUUGGCUGUAUCUAUGCCAUCAUAAAGGAAACAUGGAAGUAUGAGGGCAGUGACGUUUACAAUGUUUGAAAGGGACGUAUCUGUUUUUGUACGUGAAGGGAGUAUAAAUGAGCCUUAAAGGUCUUAUCACACCAAACACUAAUAGUGGGAAAAGUGGAAGGGAAAGAGGAAGCAAGGGGUGCUGCACAGGACUUUCAUCCAGGAGACCAAUGUUUGUGUACCAUGCGACAGCAAAAGUCAACUUUGAGUUUAUUUAAACCAAAUAACAUACUUUCUGGUGUACUUGAUAACUUACUGUAACAGACAUCACCAUUAUCUAUUUUUUAAGCCUAAGUACUUUUGUUGCCUAAAGCUAAAGUACUUAAGUGGCAAAGCCUACAUUUUCUUUGACAACGCAAUUUUAUUUUGAAAUGUAUCGUAGCAUGUAAUGAGCAGAAAAUGACACUGACACCUACAAAAGUGACGCUGGAGGUGAACCUAGAGGAUCAUAGUUUGAAGCAUAGGGCCACUUACCAAGCUUCCAUAUUUGACAAGCUGGGGGUGGAAUGUAUUGCUCACAGCCUAGUGCAAAUUCACUGUAGUGAUGUGGAAAAUUUCAAGGAAAAAAGAGUUGAAGCAUGAAAAUACUUUGCAAGUGUGGACAAGCUGUGUUGGUUAAACUUGUAAAUGAGCCAGAAACAUAUCUGUUGUAAUUAGUGUUUUAAACAGCUCACUACCAGCUAAGAUAUUAGUUAUGAUUCUGUCAUUCACAAUAUGCAGAUGAUGUCAAAAUAUUUUCACUGUGGGCAUGAGGAGGAGAGGCGGGGCGAGAGGAUAGAAAUUGUAAAAUAAGUGGUGAUGAAUAGUUUUGUCGUAGAAAAAUACACAGCUUGGCUUGUCAGGAAAUUUAUACUGUGCUUACAUUUGCUAAUAUCAGUAAAUUGGGCAUUGUACUUUAUGCAUCCCACUGACAUGUUCUCAUGUCAUAUGUUCCUCACUCAAAUGACUAAGUGUGUUUGACUUGAAGCCAGCAGUAUGCUUGAUUAAGAAUUCUGAAGCACUGCUCUGCCAAAACACACAUUGAUAAUGAUCAUUCAGUGCACAUUUUGUUGAACAGGGUCAACAACACAGAUAAAUAUUGUAACACGGAUAAAAUAAGAAAUGCAACAAAUUAUUCAUACAGGGUGUCUAGCUGAGGCUAAUUAUCAGCCCAUGUUCCUGGUUAAGCUUUCACAUGAUCUGAGGAAAUGGAUGAUGGUGGAACAUGAUGCAGAAUAGAAAGAGUAUUUCAUGAUAUUUGGUUGAGGUGUAACGGUUCAGAAAAUUAACUGUUCAAUUCAAUACAAUACAGCCAAAAUAUAGAAAUGCCAGAGAAAUGUCCUUGGUUUUCUAUUUUUUUUUUUUUAAUUUUUAAUUUUAUGUUAUUUUAAUUCAUUAAUUUAUUAAAACUAACAUCAUAAAGCAUGAUUUUUUUUACUAUGAACAAUGAUGGAGCUAUACCUCAUCAUCUGUGGUGUCUUCUUGACAGCAAAUAAAACAAACAGCUCCUUGUAGAAUAUGGAUUGUAGUUGUAAACAAAUACAAACAAGGGAAACAACUUUGUUUCUGAAAUGCCAGAGACAUUUCCUUUUUUCCCUUUUUUACCUUUCGCAAAUGUUUUAAAACUGACAUCAUAAUUUGGGCUUUUGUUUUUUGUACAGUUCAAUAAUUACAUUAUUUCUGGAAUGGAUUCAUGAACGAAUAUUGUAACAGGGCUCAGUUACAUUAGGCAUGUUCAUAAUGUUUACUCUACAGAGUCAAGUCUCAUAACUGUAAUUAUAAAUAUACCAAUCCUUGCAGUGAUUUCUUUUGCUCUGUUUAAAUCAGAAUGGCUGCCUAAAUGUGGUGCAGGGAUCACGUUUGACACACUGGGAUGUUGUCAUCAUGAAUUGAAGUAUUCCCAACCUAUUGUUAAGUAUAAGCUUUUUUUGUGUCGCUUUAUCCACCUCUCUCUCACCAUUGUCCUCAUUAUUGAAAGCAAAACCAAAGUGGCUCCAAACUCCAGACCUGUAGGAUAUCAGAGGAUCUUCUAUUUCUGGUCUGGUAAUAGUGUUACUAACCAUAUUAAAUCAAGCUAGCUUAGCGUAGCUGUCUCCCAGAGUGUCUCACAGGAGUAGAAUAGUCUGAUUUGGGGGUGGGAGGGGCAGACAGCAUGUUGCAUGUUCCGUCCUGUGGAUUGCCUUGCUGAGUGCAGUGGCACUGAGAACAUUACGUUAAACACAGUUCAAGAUGGAUAUUUUAUUUUCCAAAUGUAUUCGGAUAGUUUAAGUUUUUAUUGGGUUUGUAAUAGGUACCAAACCAAAACCCUUUUUACAGAACAGCUCAACACAGAUAGGUGUUUUGUUACACCCCUAAUAUUUGGAAUAACACACAAGGCUAACUGGUAAAUGCCCACAUCUAUCAGACUCUAUCUAUACUGCUAGUUUGUAGCCCACGCUUUCUGCUAUAAAAAAAAUCAUCCUCUUAUACCUUGCAACAGUUGUCUGACACCUUUGGCAUGUUUGUUCUUCCUGUUUGAGCUUCAUCUAAUUUUACUUUGUAUGCAGGUAGGCACCACUUUGUUACAGGAACAUUAGCUUCAGUCAAACUUGACCUUAUGUGGAAAUCCCAAUCAGCAACCUCAGAGUUGAAAAAUGAAGCCAACAUGGAAAUGCCAAAAACUGCAGUUCUUUUAAUGGCCACUGGAGGCUGGCUUCAGUCCAGGGGUAGGCAAUAAUGGAUAAUUUAGAUUUAUCAGUGAUGUAGGCUUAAAGUGAUUCUGAACACUGAAUGACACUGAAUGACACUGAGUGACACUGAAUAAAAAAAAGUUUUAACAUUUCAGCUACUAAAAUAUGCGUCAGUCAUCUUCAGCCCAGUGCCUCUUCCUCUGCUUUUUGCCAAAUCUCAAUAGCGGUGGCUACAGUAGUGUUUAGUCUCCCUAGCUUGGUUAGCUAUGGAUUCCAAUCCAAAAAUGGGAAAGUUUUGGAAGAAAGCAGUUUCAUUGUGCGUGAAGAGAUUUGUUUGCUUUUACAGCCAACUCUGCAAAGUUAAAGUUCCAAAUAAUUGUAAAUAGCCACCUGGUGGUUAGAUAUAUUAAUGAGUGCUCAUUUAGACCUAUUUGUAACAGGCUAAUUUAGAUUUAAUAGGCUGUGUUACCUUCAUUAUAAG